AUGUCUGACUUCAACUUACCUGCUUCUUUAACUCUCGAUUCCACUUCUUCAAUAUCUAAUCCUAUGUUUUUAGAAGUUCUCGAUCCUGUUUCUUCAGAAAUUCCCGAUUCUAUUUCUUCAAUUUUUGAUCUUCCAGAGGAAAACCUUUAUAAAAGUUACUCAGAAAAUGAUCCUAUCAAUAAUGUACUUGACGAUGAAACCUGCGUUUGUGAAAUAUGUUCUAACAUUCCUAACAUUAAGAAACCCAGUCAAUGGGGUCCAG